AUGUUUGCAUCGCUGGAAACAAAGGCACAUGAUCAUGAUGCACUGGAUAAAUGCUUUACUGAUCCUGACUAUCUGCAGUUACUGCAAAUCGCUCAGAACGGUCUGAAGAAGACAUCUUCUCCGAAGCGCAUCAUCAUCGUGGGAGCAGGAAUCUCUGGCUUGACUGCAGCAAAACUACUGGAGGAGGCUGGACACGAGAUCAUAUUGAUUGAAGCGAGCCAGCGCAUUGGUGGACGUGUGCACACCCACAGGAAUGAGAGCGGGGGCUGGUACGCUGAACUGGGAGCAAUGAGGAUACCCAGUUUUCACAGGCUUGUCCUGACCUUCGCUGAAAGAAUGGGUUUAAAACUGAACCCCUUCAUUGAGGACAACAGGAACACCUGGUACCAGGUGAACGGGGUCCACAAGAGAGCCUACACUGUGGAGGAGAAUCCAGAUGUGCUGAGGUACCCUGUGAGCGCCCAGGAACGAGGGAAAUCAGCAGGCAGGCUCUUCAAUGAGUCUCUCUGGGCUCUGAUCUCUGAAAUAAUGAUCCUACAGGUGAUGGAUGAUCUGAAGAAGAGUGGAUACAAUUGCAGCGAGGUGAUGGAGAAAUACGACUCCUACUCUGUGAAGGAGUAUUUAGUUAAAGAGGGUAACCUGAGUGAAGGGGCUGUGCGUAUGAUUGGAGAUAUUCUCGAUGAGAACAGUUUCUUUUUCACCGCCUUCACUGAGAGUCUAAGAAUCGAAUAUGACAUCAAUGAUAAUACCAGGUACUUCGAAAUCAGUAAUGGUCUGGAUAACCUUCCGAGAGCAUUUUAUGAAUCUCUCAGUGCUGUUGUUCUCCUGGACUCCAGAGCUGUCAGGAUAGAGCAGAGCAGAAAGGGUGUCACUGUGUUUUAUCAGAGCCAGAAGGAUUCCUCCGUCAUGAACGUCAGUGCUGAUUACCUGCUCCUCACUGCCACCGCCACUGCCAAAGCCUCUCUGUUUAUAGACUUCUCACCCCCCCUGUCAGCCAGCAAGAUGGAGGCUCUUCGCUCGGUUCACUACUCCAGCUCUACCAAGAUCUUCCUGAGCUUUCGACAGAGGUUCUGGGAGAAAGAAGGGAUCUGGGGAGGGAAGUCGAUCACCGAUCUUCCAUCCAGGUUCAUCUAUUACCCCAGUCACAGCUUCCAGGGCACAGACGGAGGGGUGAUUCUUGCUUCAUACACCGCCUCAGACGACUCUGCCCUGUUCCUGGGGCUCAGCGAUCAGGAGUGUAUGGAGGUGGCUCUUGAAGAUCUCGUCAAGAUUCACGGAGGAGAGAUUCGCGCUCUCUGGGACGGAGCAGGAGUGGUGAAGAAGUGGAGCUUAGAUCCAUACAGUCUCGGUGCCUUUGCCAUAUUCACCCCCUAUCAGCUGAAUGACUAUUCCUCCACUCUAUUCAAGAACGAAGGGAGAAUACACUUUGCUGGAGAGCACACUGCACUUCCACAUGCCUGGAUUGAGACAGCCAUGAAGUCGGCUAUCAGGGCAGCCAGCAACAUCAACAACGUGAGGCUGGAACAGUAA